CGUCCGGGCAAGCGCCGGCUCCUCCCCGAGCUCGGCAGCGGCGGCGGCGGCGCUGCCGCUGCCGCUGCUGCCGCUGUGAGGAGAAACGCGGCCGGGGGCGCAGCGCGUCUUCCUGCCGGGCGAAGGGCGAAGGGCCCGCCAUGGAGACGGCGUCCGCAGAGCCCCGGCCGCCGGGCGCGCUGGGGCCGCUCGCCGCCCUCUGCCUGGUGAACCUCUUCUUGUCUGGGAAGAUUGAAAGUGCAGUCCCUUCAUUAGCUGCUUGCAGUGGAAAACUGGAACAGCACACUGAGCGACGCGGGGUCAUAUAUAGCCCAUCCUGGCCCCUAAACUAUCCUCCAUCAGUCAAUUGCAGCUGGUACAUCCAAGGUGACCGUGGAGAUGUGAUAACUAUUAGUUUUAAGAACUUUGAUUUGGAGGACUCUCCCAAAUGUUCAGUUGACUGGCUGAUGAUUGGCCCAUCGUCCAAACGGGAAGAGUACAGAGUCUGUGGAUCCUUCAUCCCACCUUCUUUCAUCUCUGCCAGGGAUCAUAUCUGGAUAUUUUUCCAUUCAGAUUCUUCAAGUUCAGGGCAGGCUCAGGGAUUUCGCCUUUCUUACAUCCGAGGAAAAAUUGGCCAGACUAAUUGCCAGUCUGAUGAAUUCCAUUGUCUAAAUGGCAAAUGCAUUCCCAGCACUUGGAAGUGCAAUUCCAUGGAUGAAUGUGGUGAUAAUUCAGAUGAGAAAAAUUGCACCAUCCCCUCCACUGAGCCCCAAUCCAGUAUCUGCCCUUCUGGAACAUUCCAGUGCAGUGCUGCCCAUUCCACCAAGUGCUUAUUGAACGAACUGAAAUGCAACUCCGUGAAAGACUGCAGUGAUGGUUCAGAUGAAGAAAACUGCCCUGAUCUUUCCUGUGGCAAAAGGCUUGGCAACUUUUACGGGUCGUUCGCUUCUCCGGACUUGUUCCGCUCGGAUCACAGCCGGGCAGACCUCCGCUGCACGUGGUACGUCGACACCCAAGAUAACCGCCACGUUCUGCUGCAGCUGGACUUGCAGCUUGGGUACAACGACUACGUGAAGGUGUAUGAUGGUUUAGGGGAAAGGGGUGAUAAACUUCUGCAGACGCUUUCCUAUCAUAAUAACAGGCACUCGGUAAGCCUGGAGUCCUCCAAGGGGCAACUGACGGUAGCAUAUCACGCCCAGCCAAAGAGCACUGGCCAUGGCUUCAAUGCGACCUAUCAGGUGAAAGGUUACUGCCUGCCUUGGGAACAUCCGUGCGGCCACAACGAGGAGUGCUACACGGACAAGCAGCGCUGUGACGGGUGGUGGCACUGCCCCAACGGCAAGGACGAAGAGGACUGCCCCGCCUGCCAGAAGGGUGAAUUCCCCUGUGAGGGAAACAGUGGACUGUGCUACUCAUUGCUUGACCGGUGUAAUAACCAAAAGAACUGUCCCGACGGCUCAGAUGAGAAGAACUGUUUCACCUGCCAGCCAGGCAACUUCCAUUGCGGAACCAACCUCUGCAUUUUCGAGACGUGGCGCUGCGACGGCCAAGAGGAUUGCCAGGAUGGAAGCGAUGAACACAACUGCCUGGUGAUCGUGCCCAGGAAGGUCAUCACGGCUGCUCUCAUCGGCAGCCUGGUCUGUGGGUUGCUCCUGGUGAUAGCGCUGGGGUGUGCCUUUAAGUUGUACUCACUGAGAACCAGGGAAUACAGGGCAUUUGAAACCCAGAUGACCCGUCUUGAGGCAGAAUUUGUGAGGCGUGAGGCUCCUCCUUCCUAUGGACAGUUGAUCGCACAAGGACUUAUCCCGCCGGUGGAAGACUUCCCUGUGUACAACGCAUCACAAGCCUCUGUCCUGCAGAACAUCCGAACUGCAAUGAGGAGGCAGAUGAGGCGCCACUCAUCCAGGCGAAGCUCUUCCCGCCGGCGCCUGGGCAGGCUGUGGAACAGAUUCUUUCACAGGCCACGAGUGAGAGGCCAAAUCCCACUGUUAAACCCCACCCACACUUCCCAGACGGUGCUGGGAGAUGGAAUCAUCAAUCGCACAGAGGGGACGUCUGCCCAGAGUCCCCCACCUUCUCCUGAAGGAACCACUGUUGAAACGGAGACCUGCAGCCCGAGUAGGAGACUCCCAGAAUCUGAAACCAGCAAUUUGCCUUCAGGGACAGAAGCUGUAGAACCAACCCCCUCAGAGACUUUGUCAAAUACCUGCACAGCGGCUCUGCCAGAGCCAGAGGAUGGGCACAGCAACAAGCCUUUGGGUGCCGAAGACACCUCCAGCAGUGAAGUGAGAGCAGCCAGCAGGGCUGAUACGGGGAAAAUGUUUAGAGACCCUUUGCUGGAAAGGGUUACAGAAACACACCAGGGCACCGGACCAGCGCCCAGCAGAACCGUUGCAGAGAACCGGCGCUCCGGCAGGAAUACCUUGCUGAGCGAAGACCCCUGUAGGCUUCCUGUGAAAAAGUGGGGCCCUGUGUGCUCGGGCAGCCCCAUGAACGUCCCCAUUCAGGUGGACGGCCAACACUGCUGUUGCCCACAUUCCUAUCGUGAAGAACCUUUGGACAUUCACCCCACUUGUUGCCAUUCCAUGGAAGUGCCAAUAUUAGAAUCCCCUCCCCCUCUCCCAGAAAGGAGCCCCAGUGACGAUGAGUCUUUACUGGUUUGCUAAGAGAUCGUGCUGGGCUCCGGCAGGUCCUGGGGACAUUUCAGAUUCUAUUGUAAUGCACACCAUCCGUAGCCAACAUCCAACACAUCUCUGUUAGAACAGCACAUUGUUCUCCAGUGGAACAGAAUAUCGACCGUGAGGUUAACUAGGACAAUCGUGGCAACUUCAGCUGAUGCGAGUAUGUCCUUACAACCAUACUUUUCUUCUUUCAAACAGUUCUUUAGUUGUAUAGUAUAAGUAAAAGGCACAGGACUCACAGUUUGACAUCUCUGACCAUCUUGCGCUCUCUCCUUCACAUACAGAUCUCUAACUAGUGGGCUGAUGACAGAAGCCCAGCUGUCCUUUGAUACCUUAGGGGGAAAUCCUACACAAAUUUAGAUGGGGAAAAAAGUUCUGAAGCUCCCAGCGUACCCCAGCCAGCUGUACUGGAAAUUGUAGGCCUGUUUCUGUCUAAACUUGUAUAGGAUUGCACCUUUUGUUUUGCUUUUUUGUGGCAUAAGCUUUUGUAGAUUAGCGCCCACAUCUGAUGCACAAAGUGCUUGGCAGAUAACAUUUGUAUGUGAUCAGAGAAUUUUCUUCGCCGUCAGGCUAGGGAAAGAGAGCAAGUGAUUAAAUCUCCCUUCUUGGUUUGCAUCGGCCACGAUUCUUCUGGUGAUUAUAGUCUUGUAUACCAGGAGGCCUCUCUGGUGCCCCCACUUCUCCAUGGAUGGCGUAUGAUUGCCAGGGAGAAGACUGACCCAGUGGGGUUCCAACCCGAGCACACAGGCAGCAGCUCCUCACAGCCAUCGCAUCUGUGGGAAGGAGCAGAAUCUGCCUGCAGUAUCCCCCACCUGCCUGUGACUUAUGGGUGCGUUGGUACACAACCCGAGCAAAGAUCUGCUCUUAGGAUUUAACACUUCCCUAAAUAUCUGUCCUGCUUCUGUUUUGCAAAAUAGUUUACUUACUCCUUUCGAGAUCAAACAUAAGCCUUCAGCUUCCCAUUCUAGGCUUGAGGGGAUUCAGCUGGCAGGCAAAGUGGGUGCCAGGCUCAGCUGUGAUUACUGCGACUGCUCAGCUGGAGAUAGCCAGUUAUCGAAGAGUUGUUUAAAUUAAAGCUGCGUCUACACUGCCCCAGGGUAAAUUAUUUAACAGGAACAUGAGCCCAUGGGACAUCAUUUCCCUUCAUUUGCUUUUACUGUGGGUUUUCAGCCACUUUCGGUCACUUGCUUCCUUCGUAAUGGUAGCCACCAGGAUUAAGAAAUGCCAGUACCAGCCAAAGGUUCUGUCAACUCUGCACAGAGAAAAUGGCUGCAUUUUUUGGUUUCGCUGCCACUACAAUACCAGAGGAGCCAAGUUCUGAUUAUAGUGAGAUUGCAUCAAAGCCUGCAUUCAGUGGGUUGAUGUUGCAUCAAUUUUCCAAUGGUAUUUGUUGAGCUCUUACUUAAUGUCACAUAUUCAGUCCUACCCACUGCCCCUUUCCCUCCAGGAAGUUACUGAUGUUAAUAGCAGAAGCAGUGAUUUAGAACUCCUGGAGGCUCUGGCAGGAACUGGCACAAUUCAAACUCUGUCCUGAAGAACUGUGAGCUUUCUCAGAUGCUUAUCUGGAUUUAAUCAGUGAGAUCAGUUAGGCCAUGGAAACUUGCCUGAAAGACAGUGGUCUGUCUCAGACCUCAUGAGAACAAUGGUUUCCUGCUGUAUAAAUGAGCCUGCAUGAGGUUUAGCUAAUGUGCUUUCCCGCUUCAUGCUCUGGAGGUGGACAUGGGAAGCAUCCGGCCCAAGUUUGCACCAACAAACCAAGUUCCAUAUGCCAUUUGAGCAGAGGCGACUGUGUUUGUCUAAACUGUAGUUACUGAACAAACCAGGGUCCAGAACAGUUCGAUCCUAGUCUGCUUCCAGUAAAUAAAGUUUAAACAGACCACAGUUUACUAAGUUCAGUUUAAAACUGAAAGUGGGUUAUUUUCAAUCUCAUUGUGAGCAUGAAAAUAGAAGGGGAGGGAAAUCUGAGAGCUCACCAACUAAACUGGGCCACUUUGCCCAUCCUAACUUGUCGCUCAUAUGCUGAGAAGUUUGGGGUGUAUUCUAGGGUGAAUUCUGACUUCUUACUCACAUCCUACGUAACCUGAUACUGCACUUUCAGACUUGCUGCAUAAUCUCUCUUGGGCAAGGGAUCCACGGCCAGCAAGAUGGUGAUGAAAGGCUUUAGUGACAUAGGGUGUUUCAAAGCCCCUGGAGCAGGUUAAACUUAUGGAGUCGUGGCCUGAACAUGUUUUGAGGAAUAACUGCUGAGUUUUAUUUCGCUUUUCAUUUUUUGUAACGCUGUCUACUCUGUUGAGGUUAACCAUCACCUUCAAAGAUCAGCAUUGUGUAGGCUCUUAAGUACUGUGUGCAGAUCAGUGCCUUUUACUUUUUAAAAAUAUUAAUAUUUUUAAAUAAAAGAAAUGUUGUGACUGUUGUUGCUUGGACAUGACGGCCCUGCUGGAGCACAGCACAAGCCGUUUACGAUGGAUGAUCUUGAGCUGUAAAAUUUGUACACAAUCUUCUCCAUUGCCUGAGCAGGGGUCUUCCCCCAGAACGCCUUUGUGUGACCCCAGCCUGCCCUGGCUGAAUCCAAGAUUGCUCCAAAAGUAUCUGUCAAAAGUGAGCAUAUGGAUUGGGUGACUUCCCAGAUCUUUUCACCAGCUGCCGGGGAGGAGGGUGUGGCAGGGUGUGUUCAGCGUGGCAGGAACUCCCCAAGGAUCUAGGCAGACGUCUUGCCAGUUCUGCCACCUGCAACAUGUUUCGGUGGCGUGGAGAGGGAACGCACCCAAAACAUUUACCACAUAAAGCACAUAUUCUGCUGUCGAGCAAUAGCAUGGAAAUGUUACCUUGCCGUGUGAUGUUACUGGAGCUGCACAGGGUCCAGUCAUGAGGUGGGGGAACGCCACUCCCACAUCACUCCAGUAAUCUCAAAAUUGCACUGUAAAAUAAUUCGUAAUAUUCCCUGCCACCUUUUGAUUUUUUUCCUUUGGUGCAUUCACUGCUUCAUUUCAGUGCAAGAUACUGUUUUACAUGCAGCAGGCUCCCUGGGAUCAGCAGACCUUGUAGACACCUAACUGCACAGCCAACGUAAUAGUGCACGGCUGUUUUUCAAAGUGCUGAUUGCUUUUAAGAAUAGCUGUGUUCACAUGUCACACUAAGCUACCCUGCAAAUAAGCCAUGAAGCAUGGGUAAUUUGUGAAACAACCCACAGUAUGCCUAGCAGACGAUCAGGCUUCCUGUGGCUUGUUCUGUUCCUCCCCCCUUGGUCCCCCAGCUGGCUUCCCAGUGUCCUUUGCUGGAGGACCUCUCCAUGCUCCAGUUGCCGCCACUGUUCAUCUACCGCUAAGAGCUUUUUCCCCCGAAGCCUCAAAGAUUCAUAAGUGGACUGAUACUGUUUGGCCCCAGAAAAUUGUCCAAUAAUUUAGUCGUGGUGGUAUUUUGCAAGUGUGCAGGUGCAUUUUUAUGUCAGUCCAAUAUGUGUAGUCUGGCUUAGUUUGUUUCUUGGUGUGUUUCAGCUGUCAAAAGGAGCAAGCUAACAAACAUGGGAAUUGACGAGCUUGCAAGUAGGUUAUUUCUGCGCAGUUGCCCGGGUCCAGCUGCUGAGUUGUCAAUUGAAAGGGCCCAAAAAGGGGAGGGAAAGCAGCAGCAAAUACUGUGUACCAAAAGAUGGUGGCAGGGAACAAUAUGCCCCAGUGCAACCCUCUGAAUCUUAAGUGUUGAACUGACAUUUUUCAGUACACUCCACCUUUUCGACACUUUCCUAAGUGUUCAGCCUCUCCAGAGAGGGGAGAUCUUAAUCCCCCAACUUUUCCAGCUUGUUUUUCAGAUACUCAUUGCUGUAGUUGCUCUGACUCCUUGGCUGUUCUAAAAGAACUGCAGAAAUAUGUGCACAUUUAAUGACUGGAAAGUAAAUGGAGUGGACAAUGGCACCAGUUUAAGGACUGGGGAGUAAAUGGAGGGUGAAUUUCUGCAUCUGCAGUAUAUCCUUUGUCGCCGUAGGUGGUUAGAUUUCCAUUCCAUUUACUGCUGUUUCCUUAAACUGAUGCAAUAUUCCCCUUCAUUUAUUAUUUUAAAUGUUAAAUUUGUGUUAAUGUUCCAGUCCAAAAAUUUGAUGAACUAUUCCCAACAGUUUUUGGGUUUUUUUUUUUAAACCUGGUGGUGGAACAGAAUAGGACAAAUGGGAUACAAGCCAGUGGUGCUCACAUCUGUGAUCUCAUUUAUUCUGUCCCAUUCAGAUGCUUUCUCAAGGUUGGGUGGAUUUGUUUUGGAACUGUCAGGGAACAGCAGUUCUCUGAAAAGCACCCACGAAAGGGCUGCGGGAAACCGGUAUCUCCACUUUCUAGACUAGCUGGAAUUUCAGAGCAGUGCUCAGAUUGUGGAAGACAUGAGAAAUGUCAGUUCAGCACUAAAAAUUGAGAGGAUUACAUUGCUAAAGCUCGCCCUUCCUUUCUGGUGCACCUUCUGCUACCGUAUUUUCCUCCUGUAUUGGUGCUUUUCCGUUGGCCCAGCAAUUGAACUCAGCAGUUGGCCCCUGGCCCCGUGCACAAAGGAGCCUUGUCCAUUUCUGGGUCUGUUUCCUGCUCCAGUUCUGAGAGCUGAAACAUAAAAGGGAAAUGGGCCAGGCAAGACAACAUUUAUGGUAUUUAUUGGGCAGCUGUAAGAGCACACCUGUGAAAGGCCAAAGCAAAUUUUAAAAAUCUAUGAGCACAUUUAUGCAAUUUUCUGGGGACAUUUUUUAAAAAGGGGAGUGAAUCAGUGAUGGUCUCUCCAAAGUGCUGCUUGGACAUGGGUGAAGAGGCUGCCACUGGCAGCAGCAAGGGCAAAAUUGCAAAGAGCGGCAGGGAGUUUUGCUGAAGGUUGGUAGCCAAUCCCCACAGCCUAUGAUGAAAUUGUUUUCCCAGGUUCUGAUGACAUGAGAAGCCAUCAAGGACUGUUCUUAGAACUAAGUCAUAGGGUGGCUUGUUGCCAGAAAACAAACUAGCCUCUGGGAAGCCUUAAGGGGCUGAGUGACAUCACAACCCACUGUGGCUCCUCACAAUGGGUUGUUGUGUCAUGUGAACCUAGUCAGUGUAACCAAACGCCUCCUUCAUCCUGCCACUUAAUAACUUUUUGGUGCAACAAAGUUAAAGGUGGUGAGGGAUGGUGAGAACGACUGAAUGGCACAGAGAGUGGUCCAGAGUGCCUGAAGAUGCUCGUUCGCUCUCAUUUGCGUCUCGUGAGAUCAGAAAUGGUGUCUGGGUUUUGGAAGGAUUAAACUGUGUGAAUUAAGCAAGGGCGGUAUGAAUUGGAAUGUGCUGUAUCAGCAAAAUGCUUUUUGUUGUAAAUUUUAGAGGUUUCAUCUGUUUUUUUCCUACAAUUUACCAAGUAAGUUAAAAUGUGUCAACCAUCCUUCUGUUGAAGUUCAAAGCAAAAAAUAAUAAAAAUAACCUUGAGUUGCCUUUCCUUUUUGAA